UCAAUAUCCAAAUUCCGAACAACGGAAAGAUGGCGGCAAUGCGAUCGCGCAUGCGGAAGGAGCUCGAGAUGCUCGAGACGGACCCGCCCCAUGGGAUCUGCGCCUGGUCCGUGGACGACAAGCUCGACGACCUCCAAGCCCAGAUCCAAGGGCCGGAAGGAACGCCGUAUGAGAAUGGUGUCUUCCUCCUCGAGAUCAAGGUUCCGGAGCGCUACCCGUUCGAGCCACCGAAAGUUCACUUUACGACGCCGAUUUUCCACCCGAAUAUUGACAAUGGCGGUCGCAUUUGCUUGGACACGCUCAAGAUGCAGCCCAAGGGCUCGUGGAUGCCCUCGGUGAACCUCUCGACGCUCCUAACAACGAUCCGCCUCUUGAUGGCCGAGCCCAACCCGGACGAUGGCUUGAUGCCCGAGAUCACGGAUCUCUACAAGCAAAACCACGCACUCUUUGUGACCAAGGCCAAGGAAAUGACUGCACAGCAUGCGACAGCGCAGUUUGUCAUCAAGCCUGCGGCGACCCCUAAAGUCUGUAUCGACGCCAGCGCGUCCUCCGACUCGGAGAGCAAUAGCGAGGCCAGCGUGAGCAGUAGUGACGACGAGGACGACGACGAAGAAGAAGAAGACGACGACGAAGAGAAGCCGCCCUACAAGCGAGCACGCUUGUCCGACUAGCGUUGUCUACUGUUUCUAUACAACGAAUACUCGAGCUCUUCUCUAGUCAUG